AAAGUUGGUAAAUGUGUAAAGUUUCCAAACCUAAAAGGCUAAAACCCAAUUCGAACUAAAUAAGCCCAAAUGUGAAGAAUCCCCCAUAUCGGCCGGCAAUAGAGAUGAAGAAUUCCCGUUGCCGCUACUUCAUCCACCGUGGAAGCCAUCGUAAAAGCUAAACCACCGCCAUUGUUGCUGGAUUCAUUUCAUCUCCAUCUGCAACCUCUUCUCUCCGAGGCAAUAUCCAACUUCUCAUGUGCCGGAACACAAAAGUCCAAGUAACAGUAAUUAAAAUUAAAAUUUUGUUAAUUUUUGUGUCUGCUCCUCACUUUCUGUGCAACCAAACAAAUGCUGUUCUAUUAAUUAUUCGACAAGCUUCGAUCUUCUGUAAAAUUAGUAAACCGCUAUUAGAUUCAGACACUGGUAUACCCAACAAAUUUCACAAUGCAUGCCGAAUCAGCCACCAUAGUUCAGAUUCUUUGGUUUUUUGGCAUAUCAGCUUGCAUUAAGCUCAUUUUAAUCCCAUCAUACCACAGCACAGACUUUGAGGUCCAUCGGCAUUGGCUCGCUUUAACCCAUUCCCUCCCUUUAACUCGAUGGUACGUCGACGAGACUAGCCCCUGGACUCUCGAUUACCCUCCGUUUUUCGCUUACUAUGAAUAUUUUCUCUCCCUUUUUGCCCAAUUUAUCGACCCUCAAAUAGUUGACAUCUACAGAGGCCUCAAUUAUAAGUCAAACACUGUCCUCUACUUCCAAAGAAUAACUGUGAUCGUCUCAGAUUUGUGUCUCUUACUAGGGCUUUAUAGAUUGACUAAAAAUCUGGAGCCAAGGAAGAGAAUUUUGAGUUGGGUUUUGGUGGUUUGGUCUCCAGGGCUUAUAAUGGUAGACCAUAUGCAUUUUCAGUACAAUGGGUUUCUACUAGGGCUCUUGUUGCUGUCUGUUUCGUACUUGCAAGAAGGGAGAGAUGUGAUGGGUGGUUUUGUUUUUGCAGUUUUGUUGUGUUUUAAGCACUUGUUUGCUGUGGCUGCACCGGUUUAUUUUGUAUACUUGAUGAGGCACUAUUGCUGGAAAGGAUUUUUCGUAGGUUUUAGACGGCUUUCUGCAUUGGGGGCGGUGGUUGUGGUAGUUUUCGCGGCUGCUUAUGGUCCGUUCUUAUACCAUGGUCAGAUACAACAAGUUAUCAGACGGAUGUUUCCUUUUGGGAGGGGACUUUGCCAUGCAUACUGGGCUCCAAAUUUUUGGGUGUUUUAUAUGAUGUUGGAUAAAUGUCUUUCUAUCAUCUUCAGAAAACUAGGAUUCAACAUCCAAGCUCCAAUUGCCUCAUUUACUGGCGGGUUGGUAGGAGAUUCAUCUCCUUUUGCUGUAUUGCCUCAGGUCACCCCCUUGACAACCUUCAUCAUGGUUUUGCUUGCCUUAUCUCCUUGCCUCUUUAAAGCUUGGAAGAAUCCUCAACCAAGAUUUGUUGCUAGAUGGAUUGCUUAUGCUUAUACAUGUGGCUUUUUCUUCGGUUGGCAUGUCCAUGAGAAAGCAUCACUCCAUUUUGUCAUACCCUUGGCUAUUAUUGCAUCACAAAGUCUGGAGGAUGCAAGGCACUACUUCUUACUUUCUAUAGCAUCCUAUUACUCAUUAUUCCCACUUCUACACGAGGCUCAGGAAUAUCCUAUCAAGGUGCUGCUGUUGCUAUUACACACCAUUCUGAUGUGGUACAGUUUUUCUGCACAAUUCAUGACGAAAGAAAGGGAUUCUGCAACAAAGGGAAGUGAACAAUAUGGUUCAAAGGGAAGAUCAAGUGGCAAUGUCGAAAGAGCACGCGUUUUUGGAUGGGUUGGGAAGUGUUACCUGGUUGGUCUUUUGGGUAUUGAAAUAUGGGGUCAGUUUUUGCAUCCUUACUUUGUUGGUGAUAAGCUUCCCUUUGUACCCCUUUUGUUAACCUCUACCUUCUGUGCAUUGGAAAUAAUGUACUCAUGGAUAUGGCAACUGAGAUGGAUCAUUACAUCCACCUGAUUCUUUAUGUUUUUUGUUCACGUUUUUGUAUCUUACUUGAGGGUGGAUUUCGGCUCUUUGUAGUUUCAUAACGCAACAUGCAAUGCAUUAGUAUGAUCAUGAUAUUAACAA